CUCUAGCUGGGAACCGACUAGAGGAACGGAAAAUGGCGGACCUCGAAGACGUUACGCUGGACGGGAGACCGCUCCAGUCCCUUCGAGUGGCGGAUUUAAAAGCAGCUCUUGAGGAGAGGGGACUAUCGAAAAGCGGACAGAAGAAUGCUCUCAUUAAAAGACUCAAAGGGGCUCUCAUGCUGGAGAAUUUGCAGAGAACUUCCACUGCUCAUGUUGGACUGCAGCCAAACUCUCAGAUUGGUGAAGAAAUGAGCCAGAACAGUUUUAUCAAGCAAUAUCUGGCCAAGCAACAAGAGCUCCUGAGGCAGCGUUUGGAGAGAGAGGCUCGUGAAGCAUAUGAAACAAAUGAACAAGAGGACCAUGCAGAAGUUAACAACAGGACAUCGUGCCCUCCUCCUACCCAGGAUGUCACACCUGUGUUAGCUGGCCAGCACAAGCCACCUGGCCCUUCUGAUGGAGAGGGAUUGUUUGGUUCAGUUAAUGCAGGGCAAGGUCAAGAGGUAGACGUAGCCUCCGGCUCUGUGGCCAUGCGGGUUCCUGGUGGUGAGCAAAGGCAAGAGCGACGUUCUGCAUCCAGCGAAGUAGCAGGCGACAGCGAUGAUGAUGAUAGCGAGGGUGGAGAGGAGGAUGGUGAUGAUGAUGACUGGGACAGCAGCGCUCGAAGGAGAAACUUCAGAGAGCCAGCCAGAGUGCCCACAGCAAGGGAGAGAUCUGGUGCUUCUCGUCAACCCCAGCAGCAACACAUCCCUUCCCUCUUGUCUCCUCAACUCCGCCAGCCAACACCUCCUCCCUCCCCACCUCCAGAGUUAUCAUUCCCCUUACCUGACACCCCUAAACAGAGCCCACCUAGUCCUGAUGUGGCCCCAGCUAGACAUUCACCCAGUACCUCCAGCUCUGGUUCCUCCAGCAGCGGCAGCCGCAGUAGCAGCCCAGAGCCACAGAGGAGUGAGCCUAACGAGCGCAAGCCUGGCCCGCUGACCCUUCUGGCACUUACAAUGGAGUCAGAGGGUGCUUUUUCUGGAGCAGGUUGGCAUGGCAUCGAAAGAGAAGGCAAUAGGCAGGACAGCGGUUCACCUUCAGCUACAUCGUUCCCUGGCAGAGGACCUCCAGAGGGUCUGGUAUCUGCCAUCACUCACACAGCCAACACUGCAGGGCAUGUACCAUUUUCCAAGAUUACAGGCGCCCACCAGGGUGUCGCAGGAGCACAUUCGGUCCAUAUCCAAGUACCUGUGAGUGUGCUCAAGGCCACUGUAGUAGAGGAGAGGGACAGAGAGAGAGAGUCUGCGAUGGAAAGAGAAAAGUCACUUGAGCUUGAAAGACAAGAAAAGUUGAGAAAAUUAGAGCAAGAACGAGCAGCUGAGGAAGAACGGGAAAGAGCCAUUGCACUGGAGCGAGAGGAAAGGGAGAAAGCGCUGGAGAGAGAGAGAUUUGAGCAACAGCAGGCCUUAGAAAGAGAGGAAAGAGAAAAGGCAUUACAGCAGGAAAGAGAACUUGCUCUAGAAAAAGAGAGACAGGAGAGGGAACAAGCUUUGGCUCGAGAGAGGGAGGAGCGUGAGAGGGCCAUGGAGCUUGAAAGGCAGAAGGAGCUGGAAAGAAAGAGAGCCUUGGAACAGGAACGCUUGCAGAUAGAAAGAGAGGAGAGGGAAAAGCAGGAAAAGGAGGCAUUGGAAAGGGCGAAGGAGCUAGAAAGAGCCAAAGCUUUGGAGAGACAGAGGGCUCUAGAGCAAGAGAGGCUGGAGAGGGAGAGAGCUCUGGAGGCUGAGAGAAAGGAAAAGGAAAGAAUUGAGAGAGAAAAAACUCUAGAAAAAGAGAGGCUGGAAAAGGAAAGAAUUGAGAGAGAAAAGGCUGUAGAAAAAGAGAGGCUAGAAAAGGAAAGAAUUGAGAAAGAAAAGGCUCUAGAAAAAGAGAGGCUGGAAAAGGAAAGAAUUGAGAGAGAAAAGGCUCUGGAAAAAGAGAGGCUGGAAAAGGAAAGGAUUGAGAAAGAAAAGGCUCUAGAAAAAGAGAGGCUGGAAAAGGAAAGGAUUGAGAAAGAAAAGGCUCUAGAAAAAGAGAGGCUGGAAAAGGAAAGAAUUGAGAGAGAAAAAGCUCUGGAAAAGGAGAGGCUGGAAAAGGAAAGGAUUGAGAAGGAGAAAGCCCUGGAGCUUGAGAGAAUAGAAAGGGAGAAAGCUUUGGAGGAAGAGAGACUAAAGCGUGAGAAAGCUGCAGAGCUAGAGAGAAUUGCAAAAGAAAAGGCUCUAAAACAAGAGAGGUUGGAGCUAGAGAGGAGAGAAAAAGAGAGAAUUGAAAGAGAGCAAGCUCUGGAGCAAGAGCGAAUAGAGAAGGAUAGGCAAGAAAGGGAGGAAAAAGAGAAGGCGGAGAGGGAGUCAGCUCUGGAACGGGAGAGGGUGGAGAAAGAACGAGCUGAGAAGGAGAGGAAAGAACUAGAGAAGGAAAAAGCUCUGGAGCAGGAGAAACUGAAAAAGGAAAGAGCACUGGAGAAGGAAAGAAAGGAGAAGGAGAAAGCGGUUGAACAGGAAAGAUUGGAGAAAGAAAAAGCCAUGCAAAAUGAGAAGGAGGAGCAGGAGAGGGCAUUGGUAGAGGAGAAAGAGAGGUUUAGGAUGGCUGAAAAGGAGAGGGAGAGUUACCUCUCUCCAUCCAAACAUGGCCGUGAGGUUGGUCUCACUCCCCUGCCCACUCCUCCCCCCCUCUCUACAGGACCAGCUAGAAACUCAUCGACAGAGGCAGGAGAGCAGGAAGAUGUCCAUGCUCCAGUGUCCCAGAGUGCAGCCCAUGGCGCAGAGUCUGAUGCAACACCUCUGUCACCACACUCAUCAUCAUUUAAGAAGUUCCGGUUCUUAAGGGCCUCCCCAGUUCAGCCCACAUCCUCAUCCACUCCCUUGGUUAUUAAGCGGCCCCGUACAUUCUCUGAUAGCCCCCACCCUCGGGCCUCACCUGUCACAUCACCCACCAGUGUUGGGGAACAGCUAGAAGGAAACCGAUCCUCCACUGAGCGAGAAGAUCCACAGAAUCUGUCAAAACAGGAGGCUGCUGUGUCAGUAGGGACUGCAGGGACCCUGUCUGAGAAGAAGAACGCUAAUAAAAUUGCACUGGACCAGGAUCCCAAAGGAGUCAAAAGGUUUGAGAAAGAACCAACAGUCCCAGCAAAGACUGAAGGCUUUGUCAAGGAGACCAUCAAAAGAGCAAAAGAGGUGGAUGACAGCAAGAGUUCUUCACGGCCUGUGGAUGCUGCAGAGCGGAGGGGAAGAGAUGUAAAGAAGGAAGAAAAAGGAGCAAGACGAAGAUCAUCAUCCCAUGACUCCUCUUCAUCAGAAUCAGACUCUGGGUCCUCAUCUUCUCAAUCAUCUGGGUCAUCCACAUCAUCUCAAGAUAAAAGCUAUUCCUCCUCUAGAGGUAGAAAGGAGGAAAAACGUAACAGGGAUUUGUCACCGGUGCACAUGGAGACAACAGAGGCUCAGGCUGAGGGUUUAAAGGAGAGCCCUAAAGCUUCCCAGUGCAAACAGUCUCUUGAGAGGAGAAAUGCUGAUGGAGACACUCACUCUAAGAAACUUUUUACUAAAGCCGCAACCAGUGAUGAUCCACAUAGGAAGAGGAAGGACAACCAGGGAGAGGAAGAAAAAGACAAACAAAGGCAAGUGAAGGACACUGCCAUGGCAGAUUCUGAGAAGCUGUCAGAGACCAGUGAGGAGACAGCAAAGGCCUUCCCAGCACGUAGGAUCUCUCUUAGCAGCAGUAAAUUGUCACCGGGACCUGGUGGUGCAGAGGUUGAACAGGAAUCUGGUGCUGUGGCCAGUCGCAAAAGGAGAUGGGGCUCCAGCACAGCUGUCACUGCCAAGAAACCUUCAAUCAGCAUCACCACUGAUUCACUGAAGUCUCUGAUUCCUGACAUCAAGCCGUGUUUAGGCCAAGAGGCAGUAGUAGACCUACAUCCUGAGGAAACUGCCCUCUCUGAUGCAGAGAACGAAGAUCAGGAGCACAUUGACCAGGACCUUCAGAUCCGACGCACAGUCACACAGGUGGUGCAUACAGAAAGCCAAGAAAAUGGACAGAAAGAGGCAAAGAGGAGCAGGUGUGAGGAGUUGGAGGAAGAGGAUAUUAGAGAUGACCAAACAAGACUAGAGUCCCAUGAAGAGAAGAUGGAUACAUUCGUCCCUGGAGAGCUGGAAACCCAGUCCCCAACACAUACCAGCCAUGAUGUAGAAAUCAACACUGUGACACCAAGCGACACCCUCAUCCGUCGCUCCAUCAGCCAGCAGAAAAUGGGAGUUUCCAUCACAAUUGAUGACCCUGUUCGUGCAGCCCGGCAGCCAUCACCACCUCGAGGGAAAGUUUCGAAUAUUGUUCAUGUCUGCAACCUGGUGAGGCCAUUCACACUCGGGCAGCUGAAGGAACUCCUCAGCAGAAGCGGCACUUUGGUGGAGGAAGGCUUCUGGAUCGAUAAAAUCAAAUCCCAUUGCUACGUCACUUACUCGAGUAUAGAGGAAGCAGUUGCUACACGAGCAGCUCUUCAUGGAGUUAAAUGGCCUCAGAGCAACCCAAAAGUCCUUAGCGUUGACUUCUGCCAACAAGAUGAGUUGGACUUUCACAAAGGCUUGGGUGCAGCCAACAGACCUGGAGGAGAUGAACAGCUGCCUGUCUCUGGGCGUGGGCGAACAUCAGCCCUGCCCUCUCUUCUCCCUGAGCGAGACCAGCGGGCCGAACGCGAGCGCGAGAUGGAGCGUAGAGAGCGGGCCCGAGCAGAGAGGGAGUGGGAUCGUGACAAGGUCAAAGAAUUUGGGAAAUCCGGAGAAGAAAAGGAGGGAGGUCCUCGAAGGUCGCGCUCCAGAGAGAGACGGCGAAAGGAGAGGGCAAAGAGCAAGGAGAAAAAGACUGAGGACCCCCCUGCAAAGCUGCUUGAUGACUUGUUUCGCAAAACUAAAGCAGCUCCUUGCAUUUACUGGCUUCCACUUACAGAUGAACAGUCUCUUCAGCGGGAUGCUGCCAGAGCAGAACGGAUGAAGGAGCGUGAGAAACGAAGGAAAGAGCUAGAAGAGGAGGAGGAGAAACAAAGGGAGGAGGAGCGUAAGGAGAGGAUGAAAGCUACAGGUCCCACAACAGGAGACCAGAGUGAGGGCGACAAGGACCGAGACAAAGAGAGGGACAGAGACCGAGGUAGAGAAAGAGACAGAAACAGGGACAGAGUGCGAGACAGGGACAGGGAGAGGGAAAGGGAGAGGGAGAACGACAAACGCAGGGAUGGCUACCGUAGACCAGGGGGCAGCGGGAUGGGCUCAGGCCGACGUUCACGCAGCCGCAGCGACCCAAGAGAAAAGAAGCGCUGAUGGACUGUCCUGGAGACCACCCUCGUCCAUUUGCCUUUCACUACAUGUACUUUGUUACAACUGAGACCCAACAGAGGACCAACUGAUGUCGUUUCCAUCUCUCAAAUAUUCACUUUUUUUUUUAAACAUCUACACCGACGCAGUCAUGCUUGAGGGGACCAUGAUUUUUGCAGUGUUGUUGCUCAGAGUGCUGUACGUCUCGCUCCUGUCGAAGUUUGAUAUAUUUUUCUUUUUACAUUUGGCUCUUUUUAUCUCCCCCUCGCCUUUGGUUUUCAUCCGGACUGUCAUGCAGUUAGGCACCGUGGACUAUUUUGAUUCUUUACCCCAACAUUUCCCAUCUGCUCCAAAGUGUAGAUGCCAAUUAUGAUUUGCAAUCAUUUGACGCCUCUGUUGUAAACACUGCAGUUUGGUGAGGAAUCCUUUUGUUGCUGCAUGUAGUACAAGGCUACUCCUGCCAGUUGUGCCAGAAAAGAAACUUGGUCCUCUGUGCAGAGGCUUGGAGAAAUCAGAAAAUAUUGGAAUCGAUGUGUUUGGCAUUUUGUACAGACCUAUAAGAUUAUUCAAAAUCGUGUCUUUAAAUGAGGCAGCUCUGGGGUAUUUUCACUAAGCGUGUAAUAACUACUAAGGCAAUGCAGUGUUUUUCUUUCUCUGUUUUAGAGACAGUUUGAUUCUCCAUGGGACAGAAUCACACAUCAGACACAAAUUAUGUUUAUGUCCUCAUUGAAUUUUUCCCCCCUUCUUUCCUUCCUGCCUCCACUACUCUUACCCUGUAGUGUCAGUACAGGCCCAAGAGGGGAGAUUGCAUUAUGAGUUUCCUCACCAAUGGUUUUAAUAUUGUUUUUUUAAUCGUUAUUUUAUCAUUUUAGUAUAAAUAUUUGUUUUUGUUUUGUUUUUUAUUUCUUUGAGUACGCCUAUCAGUGGUGAAUGUACAAAUAAUAAAAAAAAGAAAUUGAACUUU